CCUGCUGUGUGCACUGACCACCCGUGUCCUGAACUGUUCCUGUUGUGUGCACCGACCACCCAUGUUCUGAAAACUGUCCCCGAUGUGUGCACCAACCACCCGUGUUCCGAACCGUCCCGCUGUGUGUGCACUGACCACCCGUGUCCUGAUGGCAUGCUCAGAGUAUAGCUACCUGUGGUGCCCCUGAGUGCUUGAGCCAUCGCUACCUGUUGAGUCCCUGUGAACCCAAUGACCCUAGAAAGCUGGGUGGGAGCUGUGCUGUGGCCAGCCUCCACAGCUAGAGUCCCGUUGAGUCCCCCGAGGCCCCAUGCCCAGAUGGUUGCCGUCUGUUGCCCGAGACCCCUGCCCAGUGGUAGGUUGCCGUCUGUUGCCCCGAGUCUCCUG